UUUCGCGAGUUGGUUGGAAAAAGUAAGGUAACCAUGAAGUACUUUAUAUUAUUACUGACGAAUAUCAUUGCUGUAACCGGACAAAAUAAUAGCUAUGAAUCUACAACAUUCAAGCAAAUUUGCACACCUGGGGAAUUUUCCUUUGAAAAAUGCAACGUAUGUAUUUGUUCUUAUGAUGGCACAUCAAAAACAUGCUCUAACAAAGAAUGUGACGAAUGGAAAGAAGAUGGCAAAUUCCGAUGUGAACCAGGAAAGUUGUACAAGCGUGACUGUAAUACUUGUAUUUGCGACAAUAACGGUGAAUCAAGCAUAUGUACAUUGCAAGAAUGCAUAAGUACAACUACUGAACAUGAAAUUUUAACAACUACCACAAAACUCAUUUGCGAGCCAGGAAAAAUUUUUAAAAAUAAAUGCAAUACUUGUCAGUGUUCAGUUGAUGGGACGAAUGCUGUGUGUACGCAAAUAACUUGCGGGGAAUGGAAAGAAGAUGGAGAAUUGCGGUGUGAACCUGGGCUAACUUAUAAGCGAGAUUGUAAUACUUGUACUUGUAAUGAAGACGGAAAAAGCUCUGCGUGUACUUUAAUGACUUGUGGAAAUAAAACUGCAGAAAUGAUCAAGCCUAAAAGUAAAGCACUUGCUCAGAUUUGUGAUCCCGGAAGUACUUUCAAAAAUAAAUGUAAUACGUGCAACUGUUCGUUGGAUGGGAAAACUGUUACCUGCACUGAAAUGGCUUGUAUAGAGUGGAAUGAAAAUGGAGAAUAUCGUUGUGAGCCAGGAAUGAUUUUUAAGAGUGAUUGUAAUACUUGUACAAGUAGUAAAGACGGUAGAACUUCGAUAUGUACUUUGAUGACUUGUCUAACUUCAGAAUCAACUUUAGAAGCUACUACAAAAAAAGAAAUAUGCGAACCUAAUACUUCUUUUAACAUUGAAUGCAAUAAUUGUACUUGUUCUAAAGAUGGUAAAACGAUGACUUGUACAGACGACUUAUGCCACGAAUGGAAACAUGUGGAGAAAACGAAUUUGAAACAAAUUUGCGAGCCAAAUACUUUGUUCAAAAUUCAAUGUAAUUCAUGUUCUUGUUCGUCUGAUGGUACUAUGGCUAUUUGUACUCAUCGGGCUUGUCCUGGAUUUGAAACUACAACUGUGAAACAGAUUUGCGAACCAAAUACUACUUUCAAAAUAGAAUGUAACGAUUGCACUUGUUCAGAAGAUGGUACUUUUAUGGCUUGCACAGAGAUGGCAUGUGCUGAAUGGAACACUACCACAGAAACAACAAUGGCAAAAAAAAUUUGUGAACCAGGUAGUACAUUUAAAGACAAAUGUAAUACCUGCGCCUGCUCAACGAAUGGAACAUAUGCAAUUUGCACGAAAAAGUCUUGUACCAUAUGGAUAGAAAAUGGUGAAUGGCGUUGUGAACCUGGAGUAUCAUACAAACGUGACUGUAAUACUUGCGUUUGCAAUGAGAAUGGGCGACCUGGUGCUUGUACGCAGAUGGCAUGUUCAAAUACAGUGACUGAAUCAGUUAAUGAAAUUACAACAGCAAAACAGAUUUGUGAACCAAGCUCUAUUUUCAAAAUCAAAUGUAACGACUGCAUUUGCUCUAAGGAUGGAAUUACAAUCUCAUGUACGGAUAAAAUAUGUCCUGAAUAUGAAUUAGGUAAUAAAAUAAAAAAUCGUUAUAACACGACGAUCCAGAAACAAAUUUGUACACCAGACUCUAUAUUUAAAAUUGAUUGUAAUACUUGUACUUGUUCGUCGGAUGGCACAUCGGCAACUUGUACUACUUUAGCUUGUACUCCCAAAAGUAAGGAAAUUAUGAUAAGAAAAACUAAAGAUUACUUGCCUAAGACAUGUUCGCCUGGGUCAAUUAUCAAACGUGAUUGUAAUUAUUGCUUUUGCAAUAGGAAAGGAAACUUAGGACUAUGCACAGAAUGGAACUGUCCCAGUAAUGAAAAAGUUUGUCAACCUGGAAAAAUAUCCAAAGAACAAUGUAAUCUGUGUAUAUGUGGCUUGAAUGGUAGAAAAAAAUACUGUACGUCGCUGAAGUGUCCUCGUGAUAUUAAGAAACAUUUUUCUGAAUGUUCAUCAUCGUCUGAUUCAUCAAAUUCAUCAGAUUCGUCUGACUCGUCAGAUUCGUCCGAUUCGUCAGAUUCGUCCGAUUCAUCUUAUGACAACUCCAAAUCUUCAAAAUGUUCUAUAGUUUCAAAAAGCUCUAAAUCUUCCAAAGAUGGACGCUUUUGCAAAUCUGGAAGACAUUUUAAAAAAGACUGUAAUACCUGUAUUUGCAGUGAAGAUGGUAGAAGAGCUUACUGUACGCUGAAAGCAUGUACAAAGAAACAUAGUGAUUUAACGACUGAAGGCAUAUCUUGCAAACCGAAUCAAGUAUUAUUCUACGACAAAUGCAACAAUUGCUUGUGUAAUUCAAGUGGUAAUAGUGCCUACUGUAGUUUGAAGAAAUGUUAACAUACGCUUGUAUAAUAGUAUAUAUAAUAUUAUAUUAUUAAUUAGUGGUUAUUAGUUCGCUUUUUAUAAAUUAAUCAUAAAUCAAGUGUGUA